CCUCCGGAACGCGGAAGUGGACGGUUCACGUGUGAACUGUGAGCUCGGCUGUGGCUGUAGGGCCGCAGAUUGGGGGCAGAUACUGGGUUUCCCUCUCAUGUCGCGGACCGGGCCGGGCGUCUGGACCAUGGCUCUGCUCCGGGCCGUCGGGGGCGAGCCCUGGCGUCGCUGCAGUCGCCUCCUCGCGCGUCGCUUCUCCCAGGCGGCCGGUCGUGGUGAGCGGCCCGGCGGAGAGGAGCUCAGCCGCCUGCUCCUGGACGACCUGGCGCGGGCUCCGCGCUCGGCCGGGGCGCUGGAGCUUCUGUACGGCCUGUCCCCUUGCCUGCUGGCUCUGCGGGCCGCCCGCCGCCGCGUGGCGCGGCUCCUGCUGCAGGCCGGCAAGUCCGGGCCGCGGGGAGAGCGCGCCGAGCUGCUGCGGGCGGCCGAGGAGCGGGGCAUCCCGGUUGUGCGGCCCCGACGGCAGAAGCUGGACGUCCUGAGCCGCUUCCAGGUCCACCAGGGCGUCUGCAUGGAGGUGAGCCCGCUGCAGCUCCGGCCCUGGACGGAGACCGGGGAGGCCAGGCCAGGCGACGACCCCCAGCAGCUGUGGCUCGUCCUCGAUAGGCUCCAGGAUCCCCGGAAUUUGGGGGCUGUGCUGCGCUCCGCUCACUUCCUCGGAGUGGACAAGGUCAUCACCAGCCGGAGAAACAGCUGCCCACUCACACCGGUAGUCAGCAAGGCCAGUGCGGGGGCUAUGGAGGUGAUGGACAUCUUCUCCACUGACAACCUAGCCGGGUUUUUGCAGGCCAAAGCCCAACAAGGCUGGCUGGUAGCUGGCACAGUAGGCUACCUGGAGCCUGAGCCUUCCCAGUCCUCCAAGAUCCCCACCACUAGUUGCUUGGAGUUCCUCUGGGAUCGGCCUACCCUCCUGGUGCUGGGGGCUGAGGGCUCCGGUCUGUCCCAAGAAGUGCUGGCUUCCUGUCAGCUCCUCCUCACCAUUCUUCCUGGCCGGCUGCUGCCCCCUGAACUUGAAUCUUUGAAUGUCUCUGUAGCUGCAGGAAUUCUUCUUCAUUCCAUUUGCAGCCAGAGAAAGAGUCUUCCUGCUGAGGGGGAGAGAAGGCAUCCUCUCCAAGAUUCCUGAGAACCCUCAGCCAUGUCCGAAGGGCCCCGAGUGGCUCAGCACUCUGCAUCAUCUUCUGAAUCGGAAAAAGAGGCAAGGUGGCAGCUGAUUUGGACUGUCUGCAGUGUGAUCUUCUGAAUCGGAAAAAGAGGCAAGGUGGCAACUGAUUUGGACUGUCUGCGGUGUGAUCUUCUGAAUCAGAAAAAGAGGCAAGGUGGCAGCUGAUUUGGACUGUCUGCGGUGUGUGUCAGACUUUCUUGCUUGUGUGUUUGUUUUUUUCUCCCAUCAGAGCACUGCCCAGCUUUGGUUUAUGGUGGUAUUGGAAACUGAACCUGAGACCUUAGAGCCUCAGGCAACAAGAUUUUUUAAAUUUUUAAAUAUUAUUAUUUACCAGAGCACUGCUUAGCUCUCUGGCUUGUGGUGGUGCAGGGGAUUGAACCUGGGACUUGGAUCCUCAGGCAUGAGAGUCUCUUUGCAUAACCAUUAUGCUAUCUACUCCCACCCCUAACAUCUUUUUGUAUGACCAUUAUGCUAUCUCUCUCUCUCUUUUUCUUUAUUUAAAGAUUUAUUUAUGAAGACAUGAAGAGAGAGAACCAGAGUGUCACUAUGGUACAGGUGAUGCCAGGCAUUGAACUUGGACCUCAUGCCGAGUUCAGUGCCGUAUCUACUGUGCCACUUCCCGGCUACCAUUGUGCUCUAUCUUCAGCUCAGAUUUUUCUGGCUUGGAUGUGCUCCUAGAGCCCUCCUUUUAAUUAUUAUUUUUACUUUAGCCAGAGCACUGUUCAGCUCUGGCUUACAGUGGUGUUGGCAUUUGAAUCAGGGACCUCAGAGCCUCAGGCAUAAGUCUUGCAGAACCACGAUGCUAUCUCUCACAGCCUCUGACUCCUUUUUAUUAGGUUCUGUCUUGGCUGGAGACCAAAGACUCCUGUUUUGAAUUUGGACUUAUAAUUGGAAAUGGAAGCUUGUUAAUUUCCAGGAUGUGCUAGGAUGAGGGUCUCUUUCUUCUUGGACCCUGUCUGGCAGUCAGAGGCAACCCAGAAGUCAGAAGAGAAUUGGACGGUCCAGUACCAAGGUCCUUUGGGUGGCUGGAUAGGUGCAAAUCCUUGCUUCCACCCUAUUCUACUGCUGGGUGUUUGUGUGCUGGCGGCCUUGUCUGCAUCUCCCUUGCUAGGCUGUUGUGAGCAUCAAUAAAACUUCAGUUGGUCUCCAAAAGGCACUCAACCAGUGGGUUGUUUUGUCCAAAUUGUCCAUUAGGUGGCAGCCUCCCUCUUUGGUCCACAGUCUCUUCAUGAGCUUUCACAGCAGCCUGGGGCGAUUCCUGGCUGCAGCCCUCAGAGAAGCAAAGCAGAUCUCAGCAGACACCUCCCGUCCUCUAACCCUCUAGUCCCCCACCAGUGCCCAUCAGUUAAUCCACCUCUGAAGGAACCAGAUGCCAAUGGAUCAGUGGUGAAGAUAGUUGCUGCUGAUUUGUGCAAUGCAGACUAAGUUGUAUUCUCUCUUUUUAAAAUUUUAUUAUCUUUUAUUAUUGGAUAGAGAAAGCCAGAAAUCAAGAGGGAACGGACAGGGCUAUAGAGAAGAAGCGAGACAGACAGAUACCUGCAGCCCUGCUUCACCACUUGCAAAACUUUCCCCCUGCAGGUGGGGACAGGGGGCUUGAAUCUGGGUUCUUGGACACCUGUAAUGUGUGUGCUUAACCAGGUGUGCCACCACCCGGACCACUGAGUUGUAUUCUCUAUACAGACUCUGUACUCCUCCUCCAGGGUCCCACAAAUGGACCAGAGGCCUCCAGCAUCAGUAGGUUAGAGCAGCCUUGGGGCCCUGACCACUACAUUGGAGGACUGUUUAAGGGAAGAUUUCAUGAACAGUGAAGUAAUGCUGUGCUUCUUUCCUCCAUCUCUCUCUCUCUCUCUCUCUCCCCCUCCCUCCUUCCCCCCUCCUCCCCCCCGUCUCUCACCCUCUAAAACAAAAGGGGAAAAAAUGUCCACUGGGAGUGGUGGAAAACCCUGGUGACAAUAAAAAGGAGCAGGAUCGAGGCAGGAGGUGGGAUAUCUGGUAGACUGUACCCAUUACAAUGUGUAAAGAUCAGGGUUCAAACCCCAGCCCCCACCUACAGGGGGAAGCGUCACAAGCAGUGAAACAGCUCUUCGGGUAUCUCUCUCUCCCUGCCUGUCCCCUUUCUCUCUCAAUUUCUCUCCAAAAAUAUAUAUAUAUAAAUACAUAUAUAUACACACACAUGCAUAUGUAUACACACAGAGACAUGUAUAUAUAUAUAUAUAUAUUUGUUUAUAUAUGUAUAUAUAUAUAUAUAUAUAUAUAUAUAUUUAAAAGUGUACUUUAAAAACAAGUGGUGAUUGGGAGAUGGCUCAGCUGGAACUAGCACAGUGUUGGUCUUGCAUGCCUAAGGGUCCUGGUUCGAUCUGCAUGUACCAGAGCUCUGGCUUAUCUCUCCCUCUCUCAUGUGAAACUUUCUCUUAGAUAUAAUAACAUUUAAAAAAUGAAGUGUGAGAACCUCACCCAUAAACUCUAGCUCACCGCCACUUGGUCUGCCCUGAGCUCUGUCUUGGUUCUGUUGCCGCCUGUCAGCCUGGGGCUUACUGUGCUGCUUGCUACCCCAGCUCUGCUGUGCUCUUGGCCACAAACCAAGUGUGUUUUUCAACCUUGGCUGCACCUUAGUCCUGGGGUCAGGAAGGGGGAAAGCUUACUAUUCCAGACACCCAGAGGCACCAGACUGACUCAAUGGGAAUCUCUGAAGAAGGAGCAGAUAGCAGUAUUUUUAUUUCUUAGAGCUCCCCACUUGGUGCGAAUGUACUUCCAGGUUUGAGACUCCUUCAGUGUCAGACCAGCAGCUCACAUCUGAGACACUGCUCCCAAACCGUUCACAGGCCAGGCAACCUUUUGCCUGUCCCUAGGUUUCUUCAAGACAGGUUGCUUCCAGUGCUGACAUCUCUAGCUCCCAGCCUAUGACCUACAACCGAAUUGGUUUCUCAGUCUCCUCAUCUGUGGAAUGAGCAAAGUCCCUUUAAUACCUGCUGCCCACUACCCUCCCCACCCCCCAGCCCUACCCAACAGGGAAAUUGGGGGGAAAGAAACAACUUAGAGAAUAACCAUUCUCUGUAAACUCAAGGACUGUGUACCCCAGCACCAGCAACAGUAAUAACAACCCUGGAUGUGAUGGUUCAGCGCUGUCAACUGGGCCAGGAGAUGCCAAGAGACUUGAUCAGCCAUUAUUCUGGGGCUUUCUGUGAGGGUGUUUUGGAUGAGGUUAACGUUUAAGUCAGUAGACUGAUUAAUGCUGAGUGCACUCCUCUGUGUGAGUGGGCCACAUCCAAUCAGUUGAAGGCCUGACUCUCCCCUGAGGAAGAGCUUUCCCUGCCUUUUUGUAACUAAAAUACAGGAUCUUCCUGAGUCUGCUGCCUGCUGACUUCAGACAAGAAUUACAUCACCAGGGUCUUUGAGUCUCCAGCUUGCUUACCCCAUCCCCCCUGUGUCCCUUUCUCCCUGAACUUAGGGCUCACUGGCCAUUCUAAUCACAUGAGCCAGUUCCCUGUGAAAUAAAUGUAGAUGUGCAUGUGU